AUGUUACAAAGCACCUUAGCACGGCUAGGAGCUGCAUCGUGCAGUGACUCCCUAGAUUUUAUACUCGGUGACUUGGGUACCUUUGCCUCCAUGAUCAUUGUGGUCCUAUCCGUGCUGUAUAAAGUACUAUACGAACCGACACUGUUGAUGAGAAAGGAAGGCAGUCCAUGCGUACAGUCACUAAGCUCUGUUCGGCUAUUCUCCGAUCCACUUAACAAGUGUUUCGGACUCAUGAGAGACUGUUCUGGGGCUGUAUUAUCUUUUAUAUCCCAGCUUAGACCGUCCCAGCCGAAACGUAUUGUUCUAUCUGGACAAGAAGGUCGACGCAUCUUCUUCAAAGAAAAGAAUUUACAUCUAUACGAGACGUUUCAGGGUCUAUUUGGUAGUAUCUCAUCAGAAUUUGAUCCGCACCUGGUCAAUGGUGUUGUCCGACGGAUGAGUUCUAUUCAAAAAUCAGAUAACUUGCAGUUUUUGAUUCCAUUAUUACUGUCAGAUUGCCAACAAAAGAUGGAUUCGUGGGGGACUCAAGCUAUCCUCGAUCCGUGCUCUGCAUUCCAUGAGGUUGCCUUUCAAAUGGUCAUGCGCCCUGCUUCCUUCGAUAUAGCCGAUGAUCCAUCACUUUUAUCGCGUCUAAAACCACUUGUUGAUAUUGUCGACUCGGCCUCCAAUACGUUCGAAAGUCAAAUUCCAUGGCUACCCAGUGCCUCUUCGCUUCGCAAGAUUUUAUCUUCUGCUCGCCUAUACGGAAUUAUUCAAAAAGAGAUCCACAAGAGAAAAAGAAGUGGAAUUCAGAGAAGAGAUGCCCUCCAGCAGAUGCUGGAUGAUGGGGAGAGUACAGUACAUAUAUUCGGGUUCAUGCUAGGUCUCUCUCUAGCUGGAGCACGUGCCAUGGGAACUACAGUAACAUGGCUGAUCAUGUAUCUUUCCUCUGAUCCGCACUGGUCUGUCGCUGUUCAAAAAGAGAUCGAAACUCUGAUCUCAACACAUGCCGCCUCUAUCCCUGGCCAAACUCAGACCGAAACCCUCUCAUCAAUACCCCUGAGAGCCUGGGAAACCGAAACCCCCAUACUGGAUCUCUGUAUCCGCGAAACCCUACGCAUCGCCCAACCCUACACAGCAAUACGAAAGAACGUCGGCCCAGAAAUAACAAUUGGACCCUACACCAUCCCUUCAGGGGCUUCAGUUGUCUACCCGUUCUCAGAUACAUCUAUCAACCCCAACGAUUACCCCAAUCCAAUGCGCUGGGACCCCUCUCGGGAAUUCCAGGGAGAAUUUAUUGGCUGGGGCGCCGGGAAACACGCGUGCAAGGGCCAAAGACUCGGAACUCUAAGUCUGAAACUUUUGGUUUCUUCUGUCUUAAUGAGGUAUGGGAUCACCAUGGAGAUUCAAGGUCCCCCGGUUCCGGAUUGGAGCUCUGCGGCCUGUCAACCCAUGGAAAAGUGUGGAAUCAAGCUUGUUGCCAAAUCAGCGUAG